AUGAAACAGGAAGAUUGUAAGUGGGGGCCUGUAGCUUUCAAAAAUGAGGAUGCUUUACAUGACAGCAUUCAAGUACAAAAUCAUGAAAUUGUAAAAUGUGGCAAAGAAGAGGACUCUAUAGAGAACAACUCUGCUGUGAAGAUAUGUUCAAGGCCUUCCACUCCUGAGGAUUCAGUCCAGUUGAAGCCAGAGUCACUGGAGUUUGAGGAUUUACCAGAGGAUGUCAUCUGCUCCCUGUCUUCUGUGAUGGUGGAUACUCUGGAAUAUAGGAGCCAGCAGGAGGAUUGUGGUGAAAAUCUGCAUCAGUUCUUGUCAGGGGAAGAGAAUCUGAAAUGGACUACUUUACACUUUGAUCCUCUGCCUGUCAAGAAGCAGAUACAGACAGGCGUAAACAUGACUCGGCAGACUCACAGACGCAACCAUGCAGCCUUUUACAACUGCCUAGACUGUGGAAAAAGUUUUAAACGUGCAUCCCAUUACAAGGUGCACCGGAGAAUUCACACAGGAGAGCAGCCUUAUCAUUGUUCUGAAUGUGGCAAAUGUUUUUCACAAAUUGGUAGCCUCCACAAACACUCAAGAAUCCACAGUGGAGAGAAGCCCCAUUGCUGCCAUGAAUGUGGCAAAUGUUUCUCUGUGAUUGACAGUCUUCGGAUUCAUACAAGGACACAUACAGGUGAGAAGCCACAUUGCUGUUCUGAUUGUGGUAAAGAGUUCUCCUUGCUCAGAGACCUUCAGACCCACUCAAGAAUUCACAUGGGACAGAAACCUCACAGUUGUCCAGAAUGUGGCAAACGAUUUGCACAGAAAGGUGGUCUUAGAACUCAUGCAAUAGUGCACACUGGGGAGAAGCCACAUUAUUGUGCUGAAUGUGGGAAACGAUUUUCUCAGAUGGGCAACCUUCAGACACAUUUAAAAAUUCAUAGCGGAGAGAAGGCAUUUUGUUGCUCUGAAUGUGGUAAGCGAUUCACACACAAAGCUAGCCUGCAAGCUCACACAAGUAUCCAUACUGGAGAGAAACUGCACUGCUGUCCAGUCUGUGGCAAGCGAUUCUCGCGUACAAGCAAUCUUCAGAGGCAUGCAAAAACUCACACUGGUGAAAAGCCAUUUUGCUGUUCUGAAUGUGGUAAACAAUUUGUUCAAAAGACGGAUCUUCAUAUUCAUCUGAGAAUUCACACUGGAGAGAAGCCGCAUCGCUGUCUAGACUGUGGUAAGCAGUUCACAGAGCGUAAGCAGCUUAAGGCACACUCGAGAAUUCACACGGGAGAAAAACCCUUCUCCUGCUGCGAAUGUGGUAAGCAGUUCAGACAUAGCAGCAGCCUUCAAGUACACACAAGAAGUCACUCAAGAUAA